GAAAAACUAAAAAUUUACAGCCCCCAGUACUACUCUCAGAGAAUCUCUGCAAACUCACUCUCUCUCCUCUCAUUCACACUCUCUCUCUCUCUCUAAAAACCCGGAAACCCCAUUUGGGGCUCCUCUCUCCUCUCUCAAUCUUUCAAUCAAAAUUCAUAUAGAAAAUAUCCCCCAAUAAAAUUAAUAAAAAUGGAGAUCCCGGAACAGCUGAUGAAAUUCAAAUUUCAUCUAAUUGCUGGGAUAUUAUUAUCUGGGUCCAUUUUUACAAUCGUCAGAGUUGCUCCCAGAUUUGUUGACCUUUUGGCUUACUUUUGGCCACUUUUGGCCUCAACGGCUCUAUUUUUGGCGGUGGUUAUCGUCUUCAGCCGUGUAUCGCCGCCGUCUGCCGAUGGUCCUGGUGAGAAAGCUGCUGAAGGUCUCUUGGAUUACGUCGCCGGACAACCGGAUAUUAUCGGCGAAAGUUUCAAGCCUGAGUGAGUGAGCAACGUUGGAAAAAAAUAAAACCUUAUUUUAAUAUAAUUUUUUUAAUUUGUAGAGUAGUAUUUUAAUUCCCACUCCCCAUAUGGCCCUAUUUUCUCUCUUUUUCUAUUUCAUUUCAUUUCUUAUCUUUUCCUUUUAUUUUCUUAUGAUUUGUUAGAACUUAUAAAAAUGAAAUGUAAAUUUGUAGGGGGAGAAUAAUGUAUUAAUAGUGCUUCCUAAGUUCCUUUGUUGGGAUUUCAAUGGGCAUUGGAAAAAAAGUAAAAAAUGUAGGUCGAUGUUUUUUCUUAGAUUUUAGAUCUAUCGUACAAAGGGAAUCAAUGUUAAUCACAUAUUAUUGUACCAAUCAUAGUUCGGAUUUGUUAAUAUUGAAAACUUUUGCUCA